AUGCUGUGUUACGUAGGUAAGGCAACGAAGAUUUUCAUCUUCAUCAUCGUUGUUAUUGUUAUCACUAGCCUUGUUAUCGGAAUUAGUGUAAUCGGAAGGAAUAAUAAUCGAUCUAAAUCUCGUAACUGCUCCGGAGAAGGUUGUUCAAUUUCCGGUGACUCUCAUCCGCCACCGGUGCAGAUGCCGUUCGCAUCGUUGCCGAAUUCUAAUCCGUCUGAUCCAGCUGUCAGUUCCACCGCACCUCCGCCUCCGUCGGAAACCUCUCUGUCAACUCCACCACCGCCGGAAACCGAUAUGACACCGCCGGAACCUCCGGAAACCUCUCUGUCACCGCCGCCACCACCGGAAGUCUCUCUGUCACCGCCUCCACCGCCGGAAACUUCUCUGCCUCCGCCGCCGUCGGCGUUGCCUGAUAAUCCGUCGCCGGUUACGGUUACUCCUCCGGCGGCAGUUACGGCGGCUCCGCCGCAGGCGGUUACGGUGUCUCCAGGUCCGACGAAUGGUUGA